UCUCUUAGGCUUUUUCGACUCCAUUUCUCUUUCACAUUGCGAUGGGAGAGAAACAACCCCACUUGAACGGAUCCUUCUACGGCCCUUCAGUCCCGCCACCCAGCCGAUCCUACCGCAGCCGAGGCGACGACUGCUGCCUUUUCGAUUUCCUUUUCCAACUCAUCGGGAGUGUUGCCGUCGUUGCAGGCCUCGCGGUCCUCGUCUUCUGGCUCAUCUUCCACCCCAGCAGGGUCAAGUUCCACGUCACCGACGCGUCGCUGAUCACCCAGUUCAACUUCACCACCACCACCACCAACAACAACAUGCUCUACUACAAUCUUUAUCUCAACGUCACCAUCAGAAACCCCAACGAAAAGAUCGGCAUUUACUACGAUCGUAUCGAAGCCAACGCUUUCUAUGUGGGCCAGAGGUUUAGCACCGAGGCGUUGGCCCCAUUUUACCAAGGCCACAAGAAUACGACCGUUUUGAGUCCGGCGUUCAAAGGGCAACAACUGGUUUUGCUUGGAUCUAAUGAGCUUUCCGUGCUUGAUUCGGAGAAGAGUCUUGGGGUUUUUGAUAUCCAUGUUAAGUUCUAUCUCUGGAUUAGGUUUAGGCUGGGUAACGUCAACACAUGUCGGAUUAAGCCCAACAUCAAUUGCGACUUGAAGGUUCCUUUGACUUCUAAUGGAAAUUCAACAGCUGUUUUCGAGAUUACCAAAUGCGACAUCGGUUUCUGAUCAUUUGAGUCUUAUUCGUUUGAUCGAGUGUGUGUGAGAGUUUUUAAUCAUUCUUUUGAUUUUGUAUUACUUUGACGAUGGUUUUUUUUUUUUUUUUCCUGAUGGAUGAGUUACAGAUGCCUAUAUAUGUUUUUC